AUGGGCGAAGAAGAUGGAGAUGAUUUAUACGUUACACUCAAGGACAAAGAUUCCUUGAUCGUUGCUGUAAUACCAAAGCAACCAGCUGGAGCUGAGACCUUUGAGGAUGAUGAUGAUGAUGAUGAUGAUUUGGUGAAUUUUUAUAUCUUUGAUCUGAUAAGUUUAAGCUCCCACCGUCAGCAAGCCGGUGGAAGAGGAAGCUUUAUAUAUUACUUUCUGCGUAACAAGUUAAAGCUUCCAGAUAAUGGGACUUUUCUCUUUAAGUCUGAAGAUGUGGGUUAUUACCACCUUAUGGUUUAUCUUGGCGCCUAUUGCCCACCGGUGGGAACUAUAUUUUUAUUAGGGACUGGCUUUUCAAUCAUCUUGCUCAAUCUUGGUAAACGACAGCCUGGUGAUGUUAGAGCAACUCAUUCGAUUAAGACUGUGGUUUUUUAA